AUAAAUUGGUUAACUAGGAACCAGUUUAAAUGUUUAUGAAACCUUAUGGUUAUAAAUAACUAAUUUAAGUGGACAAUAUACGUACUGGUUAUAGUCAUUCGUAUUUUCAUUGCUCUUCUUUAUUUUUUUUAUUAUUAAGUUGUUGUUAGUUUUAAGGUAUUAUCGAUAGAUUUUUAUUUAGAAAAUCGAUUUUUUGACUGUUCUAAGUAAAAUAAGUAACUUAUUUUAUUUUAACUAGCAAUUACUGUUUAAUUGACUUUACUGGUUUUUAGGAAAAUGGUUUGGUAAUUAUUUGUUAACUAGCUGUAGUUUGAUAUUUCGAAUUCCAAUAAUUAACAAUCAUAACUAAAAAACUUUCGGCUAAAACAUCAAUUAAGUAUUAAUAAGUUAUCCAAUUCACAAAUUCAAAUAAUUAAUCAAUCCUAAUCAAUUUAAAAUCUAAAUUCAUUCAUGUUGCGCUUUUGUUAUUGUUGACAUUGAAACCGAGUGAGGAGAGGAGAGGAGAAGAAAGAGCUGACAAUAACAAAACCGAUGCCAUUUACAUAUCGAAAGCUCGAUACCUCCUUAACCGUGUCCCCCGCCAUUUGGACCAUCAUCCCAUCCGUCAGCGGACAUCCAAGAACUUUCGCUGUUGGCUGUUCUGGCCCAGUUGUGUUGUUUACGUGAAAACGUGCGUUUGGACUGCGACCACUUCCUCGCUAUUUAUCCGGAUGCGGAUGCAUUUCAGCCAGUUUUGAGAGUCCCCUAAAAUCCCCUGAGAUGAAGUUCGCCGAGCACCUUACAGCCCACAUAACGCCCGAGUGGCGAAAGCAGUAUAUUAACUAUGAGGAAAUGAAAGCCAUGCUAUAUGCAGCCAUCGAACAAUCACCAUCCGCUGAGCUGGUAGAGCGCGAGAUGGUGACCCGAUACUUUGCCAAAUUCGAUGAGGAGUUCUUUCACUAUUGCGAUAAGGAGCUGGCCAAGAUCAACACAUUCUACUCGGAAAAGAUGGCCGAGGCGACACGCAAAUAUGGCAGUCUGCGAAGCGAAUUAACAGAGGCCCUGGAAAUGGGUCAUCCGAAGAAACAACCAGCAUGGAAGAGGCGGACACCGCUUGGCAAGAAGAAUGUGCCGGCGCGUAAGAUACAGGAUCUCAAGUUGGCAUUUAGUGAAUUUUAUCUGGGACUCAUUCUGCUCCAGAACUAUCAGAACCUGAACUUCACGGGUUUCCGUAAGAUACUUAAGAAGCACGACAAGCUGCUGAGCGUAGACUAUGGUGCACGUUGGCGCACUGAUCACGUGGAGGCAGCACAUUUUUACACCAACAAAGACAUCGAUCGGUUGAUCCAGGAAACGGAGCAGGCUGUUACCCAGGACAUCGAGGGUGGUGAUCGGCAAAGAGCCAUGAAGCGGUUACGAGUGCCACCACUCGGUGAGCAGCAGAGUCCGUGGACCACCUUUAAAGUGGGUCUCUUCUCCGGCGCCUUUGUUGUCCUCUUCAUUACGGUUGUGAUCGCUGCCAUGUUCUAUGGAUUUGGAGAGAAUUGGCGGGCUGGUAUGAGGAUGUUCCGAGCUCCAUUCCUCAUUAUCGAAUGCCUUUUCCUUUGGGGCGUCAAUGUCUACGGAUGGAGAUCGUCGGGUGUGAAUCAUGUACUUAUCUUUGAAUUGGAUCCUCGCAAUCACCUGUCCGAGCAGAAUAUCAUGGAGGUGGCAUCGGUGUUUGGCGUUAUCUGGGCUUGCUGCGUGCUGAGUUACAUCUUCUGCGAUCCAUUGGGCAUCCCGCAGUAUGCAGCUCCACUUUGCCUCUACACUUUAAUGGGUGCCUUUUUGCUCAAUCCCACAAAGACGUUUCAUCACGAGGCCAGAUAUUGGGCCUUAAGGGUACUGCUAAGAGUUAUCAUGGCUCCAUUCUGUUUUGUAAACUUUGCCGAUUUCUGGCUGGCAGAUCAGCUGAAUAGUAUGGUGCCAGCCUUUCUGGAUAUACCAUUCUUGAUUUGUUUCUUCGGUCGAAGUCCCACGUGGCACAAAGCUGGAAAGGCUGCCAGUCACUGUGUGGAGUAUGUGUCUCUGCUGCAUCCCAUUGUUGCCAUUUUGCCUGCCUACUUCCGGUUCGCUCAGUGCAUCCGCAGAUACCGCGACACAAAGGAGUCGUUUCCGCAUCUGGUCAACGCAGCCAAGUAUGCAACAUCCUUCUUUGUGGUGAUAUUUGCCCACAAAUAUCACACGACCACGGAUACCUAUCCACUGUCCAAAGAGAAUCCCUGGUUCUACUGCUGGAUUACGGCGGCCAUCUUCUCAUCCUGCUACGCCUACACAUGGGACAUUAAAAUGGACUGGGGCCUGUUCGACUCGAAGGCCGGCGACAAUCGAUUCUUGCGUGAGGAAAUCGUUUAUUCAUCGACGUGGUUCUACUAUUUUGGCAUAAUUGAGGAUUUAAUACUGCGCUUCAGCUGGACCCUCUCCAUGAGUCUAAUUGAGGCCGGCUACAUUGAGGGCGACGUGAUGAUGACCAUUCUCAGUCCCCUUGAGGUUUUCCGUCGCUUCAUUUGGAAUUAUUUUCGAUUAGAGAACGAGCAUCUCAACAACGUUGGCAAAUUCAGGGCUGUAAGGGAUAUAUCGGUGGCACCAAUGGAUUGCUCAGAUCAGACAACGAUUCUACGCAUGAUGGACGAGACGGAUGGCGUGUUGAAUCGAAGGCGUGGAAAGGCCGCAGGCGGCAAAUCCGCAACCAAGAAGAACAAACAGGAGCAGCGGCUGCUCCUUCAAGGGGAAUCCAUCGAGGACCUCUGUUCUUAGUUGGGAAACCAAUUGGGUUACCCAAUAAACAUCUCUCUAUGUGCACAAAUUUUAAGUUCAUGCUAAUAAAGCACUGCAGUUGCAUUUUCGGACAAUGAACAAAUGGUCCACAAAAAUGUCAUUGUUUUUG